GCGGCUUCCUCUCUCUUGCAUCAUCCUUUGUCGUUUGUUGUUUGCUGCUCUGCCUGUCAUCCCGCACUUGGCUCUUUCGUCUUUCUGUUUAUUACACCGCCCGCCUCGAUACCUCUACUAAGAGCACGUUUUCCGCAGUCUACGAAAACGAGACCAGCCUACCCCGCGCCAUCGACGCUCAUCCUUUGAGCUACCAACUGUCUGCUGCCUCUGCGCCAGAUAUCCCUACGAUUCUCUGCAGCCGCCCCAUCCUACAACAGCGAGCCUCGUCUAUACAACUCACAGCAUAGCAAAGUGCCCUCGACAGCUAAACUCUUCCUAAGCAAUCGCUUUGUCGACUCCAACCUCGGAGCUUGCGCGUUCACGACUCAUACCAAUCGCACUCGGCGCUUACGUCCUCCUUCCUCACCCCUCAGUCACCACAUCACAUCUAUAAAACAUGGGAAAAUCGCAGUCCAAGCUUUCUGCUGAGCAGCUCGUCGAGCUGCAAAAGUCCACCCAUUUCGACAAGAAGGAGCUGCAGCAAUGGUACAAGGGUUUUCUUAAGGAUUGCCCGUCAGGCAUGCUGAGCAAGGAGGAGUUUCAAAAGAUUUACCGCCAAUUCUUCCCCUUUGGUGACCCCAGUUCGUUUGCUGAAUAUGUCUUCAAUGUAUUUGACAGUGAUAAGUCGGGCACAAUUGACUUCAAGGAGUUCAUCUGCGCCCUCAGCGUUACUAGCCGAGGAAAGAUGGAGGACAAGCUCGACUGGGCCUUCCAGCUGUACGACAUUGACGGCGACGGAAAGAUUAGCUACGAUGAAAUGCUUCAGAUUGUAGAGGCAAUCUACAAGAUGGUCGGCUCCAUGGUUAAGCUCCCAGAGGACGAAGAUACCCCCGAGAAGCGCGUCCGCAAGAUUUUCCGCAUGAUGGACAAGGAUGAGAACGGCAGCCUUGAUUUGGAGGAGUUUAAGGAAGGGAGCAAGCGCGAUGAGACUAUUGUCUCGGCGCUCUCCUUGUACGACGGACUUGUUUAAUCAGUUAAAUGUGGUAAUAAACCAAUAAAACACUUUAGUAAGAUUACUGGCCAAAGAAUGUGUUUAGUACUGCAAAUGUUUCCAACUAAAUUCAUUGGCAGACUUGGGCGCACAUCACACGGUUUGACGCAAGCUAUAGUUCCGAUCUCACCAGCUCAGCUGCCAACGUUUGUGACCUUCUGGAAUAAUAAAAAAAUAUAACAAGUGCAUCAUUUUCGACCUACUUGUACUUCCGUUCAGCAAAAAGAAAUAGAAUUGCAAGAUCCAAAACAGAAAAGACCAAAAAGUUGGGCCUGGCCGGGAUUCGAACCCGGGACCUCUUCUAUGAACGCUAUGCGCACUGGGUGCAGCCCGAAAGAAGGAUGCAAACCACUACACCACCAAGCCGAGUGGCGAUAGCCGGGGCGUUAUUACUAACUAUAUACUGCACACGGAAAAAUUACAAAAUUACAUGAUAUUAAAGUGAAAUUAGUAUAUUUUUAUUUAGUUUAUACAUGCAGGGAGUAAUACAAUAGAUUUUACAUUUUCCAUUCAUGUCUCUCUCCCUUUUUGGAAGAUAUCUUCAGUAUAACAGUGGUCAUACGACCUUGCAUGUUGGAUGGAAUCGUGCAACGGUUUCACUGCCAAAUACCUGGAAAUCUCGAUUUGUGACACUGUGAGGUGGAAUUGAGGGACAAAAAUGCGCUGAAACCUUGAAAGAAGCACUGUAUGAACUCUGGAGAGAUGAUCUCGGCUUGCAAGAGCACGAUCGACCAACACGGCCCAUGUCCCAACUAGUACGCGA